UACAUAGUGGAUUUAUCCACAAUUUGUACAAAGCUAACAGCUAUUCCUUAUUGCUGUAUGUACUUAAAACUAAAAACAAAAAUAAAAAUAAUAAGGAAAAAUCUGAAACUUCCAGAAAUGAAAAAACCUAAUUAACUCCCAGAUCUCCUAUAAGUACUUAUAAUAAGUUCCCUUAACUAACUAAGAUUUCAUUGUGCCUAGACUUGAAUUGGUCAGCAUCAAUGAGAUUCUUGGAAAUGACAUUUUCUGAUAUGCUAGUUGGAAACUGGUUCGUCUUUAACCAUGACCGCUGAAAGUACUAAAGAUAUAUAAUCAUGAGAAGCUCUUGUCAGCAUGUUAUGAGUUUACUUCGAGGAUUUUCAUCCAUCCCACUUACAUUAGGUGGCAACAUGUUUUCCAGUUAUUCGUCUCUUAGUUUUGCAUUGAUUUACUCUUUAUAUCAGAGGAACUUUUUCUGUUUGAUUGGAUUAUUGGUCAGCAACUCCAAAUCUUCUCCCUUUUCCUUAGCCCACCUUAUCCCUCCCCCAUCCUUAUGGGGAACCCUCCAGAAGUAAUCAAAAUUGUUCUUCCAAAUUAAAUAUUCUGAACAAUGCAGUUCAAAGAUCUGCCUUGUCAAACCAAUGGGUUUUGACUCUAUGGCUAUCUCUGCUCUCCUCCAUAAUUGGGGAGUCAGUUUCUACUCUUGUAUCAUAAAGUCACUAUAUAUUACCAUGUACCCAAAAGGAUCUGCCUAUUCAAGAAACUGCUGGUUAGAACAGUGCUUUUUUGCUUGGGAAAAGAAAUGAAGUUUCAAAAAGUUGUUUUAACUCCCUAAGAGAGAGAAGAAAAAUGCAAAAAUAUGUCCUCUUUGUAUUAGGUUCUAUUUGCUGUUCAUGAUUGUUAUAAAUUGGUCUGGUUGUGAAGGCAUGGCUCAAUAUUCAACAGUAAUUACAAAAGUAUGGCUGUUUAAUCUGGUAUUUUGCGGAAGUAACUGAAACAGCUUUGCUAUUGCAUCUCUUAAAUAAUUUCAAGUUUUUAACCAAUAAUCUACCUCUGCUUCCAAUCUUCUUUCUCUCAGUAAUGAACCAUAUGUGUUUUUCUUUUUAUCCCAGUGACAACUGCCGUACAUCCAUUGUUAAUUUUUACAGAAGCUGUCCCAAUAGUAAUUGUGCUUAUGAUCUAUGUCUCACAUGUUGUCAAGAAUUAAGAGAAGGUUGCCAACCUGGAGGCAAUGAAACUGAAACAUCCUGCCAGCACUCUGCAAAAAGAGCCUGUGCUCCUAUUACAAAUAGGAAAGAAAAUACUAAUGCAAAAAGGACAAACCAUGUGAGGGAGAGCCAGGUGGGCAUGCCAGUAGACAAUUCUGGAGUUGAUAGUUCUUGUGAUUUUCAUGAUUGGAGAGCUAACUUGGAUGGUAGCAUUCUGUGUCCUCCUCAAGAGAAUGGAGGUUGUGGUACUACAGUCUUGGAGUUGAGACGCAUGUUUAAGGCAAACUGGGUAGCAAAACUGAUAAAAAAUGCAGAAGAUAUGACAAGUAUCUAUAAGCCACCAGAAAUUGAUUUUUCUCAAGGAUGUUCUUCAUGCAGGCUGAAUUCUCCAGAUAGACAGGCAGCUUUCAGGGAGAGCAGUCAAGAUAACUUUUUAUAUUGCCCUAAUGCCGUUGAUCUGACAGAGAAUGAAAUUGAGCAUUUUCAAUGGCACUGGAUGAGGAGUGAACCUGUGAUUGUCAGAAAUGUUCUUGACAAUACGUCUGGUCUUAGUUGGGAACCUAUGGUCAUGUGGAGAGCUUUUAGAGAAACAGGUGCCAACACAAAAUUCAAAGAGGAGACGCGGAGUGUGAAGGCAAUUGAUUGUUUGGAUUGGUGUGAGGUGAGCCAUAUAAAAGUUAGUUUACACUCUGACUUUAUUUAG